AUGCAUGAGGGCAUCAGCAGCAUAACGACCGUCACCAGGAGUCCCUUUUUCGUGGAACCGGUCAACGUAACUUCCGGAGCCGCCGUGCAGGUCGGAUAUCAUUUAUCAACGGAAGCAAUCCUCAACUGUAGAGUAGGAAUGAUGAUGUCGUCAUUAUUCAUGUGCUGUGAACCGCCAACGCCUUGGCCGUGGACGGAAACCAGGUAUAGCAAGACUGAUGACGUGGUUGGCUCCUUAGGUCAUGUGGAUCCGGAGGACAAGGUGUCGUUACUCACCGUCGGCAAUAAUACGUACAGCGGGGAUCCCCGGAUAAAGACCAAAUUUCAAUAACCCAAUAAUUGGAGACUGCAUAUCAAGCCGAUCAAAUCAGAUGAAGCCGGUCUGUACAUGUGCCAAGUGUCGACACAUCCGCCUCGAGUCUUUGCCACGAAUCUCACCGUGCUGGAGCCCGCUGUACGGAUAGUGGACGAGAUGGGCUACGAGUUCUAUGAUCGUUAUUACAAAUUAGGCAGCACGAUCGAUAUAUCAUGCCAAGUGUCGAUGUCGUAUUUGGGCAGCCUUCCGCCGAGCCCUCCCACUCUAGGUUCCCACCAACGGUCGAAGGCCGCUGCUGUUCCACCAGCGAACGCUCUGCUCCUACCGGUGUCUGGAGACGAGCUGUCCAAAUACGACUCACGACGCAGCAAAGAGAGUAACAAAUUGUCGCAUACGACAGAAAGUGGACUGAUUAGCUGGACGAAGGAUGGCGCUGAGCUGCCGAAGGAUAUCAGGAUGAGUUUUAGCGGAACCAAGCAGUGGCUCAUCAGCCGGAUAUCGGUUCUGCAGGCGAACCGAUUUCACAAUGGCGUCUACAACUGUACCGUCGCUGGCAGGCAGAGCACGUCGGCCCAGGUGCACGUCCUGAACGGUGAAACACCGGCCGACGUUCAGCAUAAUUUUGACCAUCGCAUCCCGGAUGUGUUCGUUGUCUACUUCAUGUGGAUGAUGAUCGUUUUGCUUCUGCGGCGAUCGUAA